AUGGCGCAGACCUGGUUUAGACCGCAUCCGCUUGGCAUUUAUCCAAGAGGAAAUGCGAGGAGGGCAGAGGACUUGUCCGCACCAAGGUUUGGCAGCCUUUCACUUCUUCAGUUCGCUGCCAAGGGCCGGAGGAGCAAAUUAGUGCUUGUGUACAGGCCCACCGAAGAGGCAUUUCUGGAGCUGCUGCUUCAUAUGUUGUCCUUCGCCGCGGUGGACGACAUCUGCCGUUUGUCGGCCACUAGCACGGGUUGGUACUGUUUUAUUCAUGCCUCCGAUACGUUUAAGCAGGCACACAGCCUUAUGUCAGCCAACUAUUUGUGUUUUCGCGGGAGCUGGAAGGAGACUGCGGUUCGAGCGUUUCUCCUGGAGGCGACAGAUGCGGCAACUUUUGCGCCGAACAAACGGCAUCGCACGGAGCAUAGCAACUCUGCUGCGGAUGUGUUCCGGUUUAAACAUUCCCCAGUUGCUGUAAGUCGCUCUUUUUUUAACGAUCUGCUGUUUCAGGCAUGGAUGUGCACAAUUCUUCCAUGCCAUUACCAUCUUUUACCCGCUCUGAAGGAUGAGGCUGGCGCCUCUGCGAGUCCGGGUGCGGCACGCAAAUGUGAGGUAAACUCAUCAGGAAAUGCAACAAAUUUUCGCUCUCUGUUGAAAGAUGUGCCGCGCCUUAGCGGUCUGUCUCCAGAGGAAUUUCGAGAGAGUUUUGAAAAACCGAACUUGCCAGUAAUCCUCACGGAUGUGGCUACUCAUUGGCCCUUCUUUAAGAUUCUUCAGGGAAAGUUUGAGAAUUUGGCGCAAAAGAAGGAGGCGUUGUUUCGUCCGGGCGCUUCCACCGACGUCCCCAUGCGUUGUGAGAGUACUACGAUGACAGUCUCUGAUUACGUGCGUUAUGCACAAGAGCAAUCAGACGAGCGUCCCAUUUAUAUGUUCGAUGCGGAGUUUGGAACCUCCAUGGCUAUUGAGUCGCUUUACUCUGUGCCAGAGCAUUUCGCCCGCGAUGACUUCUUCAAAGUUCUGGGGGACGCGCGUCCAAAGUACCGCUGGAUCGUUGCGGGCCCACGCCGCGGUGGCAGCAGUUUCCAUGUCGACCCAAACUACACGAACGCCUGGAACGCCAACUUGACGGGGCGAAAGCGAUGGAUUUUGUUUCCACCCGGUUGCAUCCCGGACGGUGUUUUCCCUACGGCUGACAUGUCUGAAGUCACCACCCCUGUUUCACUUUCAGAGUGGUUGCUAAACUACUACGAUGCGUGCGUAGAGCGAUGGCGAGGCGUUGGGUAUGAGUGCAUAUGCGAACCCGGCGAUAUCAUGUUUAUUCCUUGUGGCUGGUGGCACUUUGUGAUCAACUUGGAAGACUCCGUUGCAAUCACGCAGAACUAUGUCUCGGAAAGUAACCUGUCGAGUGUUAUGAAAUUCCUCGUUGCCAUGAAGUCAUCGAUUACAGGCAUUGAUGAAGAUGCGGAGGAUAUUACGAGUGACGUAGUGCGGAGUAGGCGUGCCCAUUUCGCAGAAGAGUUUGCUGCCGCGAUGCAUGUGACAUUCCCCGACUUGAUGCAGCGAGUAGAGAGCGAUCUUGAAAAGGAGAUGCAGCAGCGUCGGCAAAAGCAGCAGGAGUGUGUCGCACUGCCGCUGCUGGAUAUCGGGGAAGAGGGGUUUACGUUUAACUUUUGA